AAGUGGUAAACUACGAAGCCUUUCACUGCUGGAGAAGAUCGAAAGCUAACUCAACCCCGGUACCAGAGCCAACUCUGCCCCAGUCUCAAUCUGGGUGUGGAAGAGCUACCAUCUCCUCGCACACUGCGACUACGACUGCAUUCGGCAUACGGCAUUCCCAGAAAGAGGGAGAAAGUGAGAAUCCUCGUCGGCAUUUCCUUGCUUACUUGUUGUAAUGCUGUGGUUUUCUCCGUCUAGUUUUGUGACUGGGUGGAAAGCAAAUUAUUUUAAAAGCCUGUUUUGAGAGUUAUUUUGGCUUCUGAUCCCGUUUCGAGUUAAAGUUUACUAAUCGGAAACCAAAAGUUGGAUGGGAAUGAGUAUCUCGUCAUUAGUGCGAUUUCAGUGUCUCUUGGAAAUCUUGCGUCUCAACUGAACUAAUAAUUCUGCCCGGAUAUUGGGAGAACGUGGGGCGAAGCAUUAUUUAUUUACGACGAGUGGACAGAGAAAUCGUAGUGACAUUCUUCUUCUUCUAGAGAGGAUAUUUUCCACCACCACCAACCAACAAAUCCGAUCCGAGGUAACAAAUCGUCCCUCCUGUCACCCAAGAACGAAGCCCUUUCCCCUCUCAUACCUCCGUCGUCGUGUGUACGCACUACUAAAUUUCAAAUUACUUUAAGACUCAAGUAACGGAGACACCCUUAAAUUAAAUAAGAGACAAAAUCUCACAUUUCCAACACUGUGGAAGAAGAAGAGUAAAUCAAGCUAAUGAAAUAUGAGAGUGCAGGCAGGGUAGAAGGAGCAGCAGGAAAAGUAGAGAAAACUACACAAGUGGCAGAAAUAUCCUCUUGCCCUCGACAAUUAUCGUUACAUAUUACUCAUUUUUCCUACUUCUGCCACCUAUUAUUAGUGCCAUUAUUAGUGCUUCAUAACCAUUCUAAAAAAGGACAGGACUGAACAGGAGAAAGAGAGACAUACAAAACUAUUCCAUCGUGUCUCAUCAUUUGUUCGUGCUAAUGACCACCACCUCCAGAACUGGACGUACGUAGCAGUAGUAGUUCGUAACGUAACUAGUAACUGAACAAAUUAAGCGUGAAAUCGAUAUUUGGUGUUUGGCUUCUUUUACAAUCCUAAAAAUAACAAAACAAAACAAGUUGUGAGUGAGAAAAAUUGUGAGACAGCAAAAACUAAUCAAAAACUGAGGGAUUAAUUCAACAGUUUGUUUACCAAGCGGAAUAAGGACGACUUGGCUGCUGCCGUGGUGAACAGGAUACGACGAUAUCCCUUCCCUCUUGGACUUGUGGAGACUUCUUCAUUGGCGUGAGUGGGAGAACUUCGUCUUCUUCUUCUUGGCCCAGGACGACCAUACCAUUCCACGAAGGGAGGAGGAGGAAAUAUACUCGUAUAAGCAGCUCCUCUUCACUCUCCAUCACGGGAGUUGUUCGUCUUCUGAUCCUUCUCCACUCAUCCCGCGAGUCCCAUUCGGAAUUGGCAGCAGUUGCAUUGACCUCAUCUCCCAAGUCUUGAGAGAGAAAGAGAGUGAAGUGUAAACAGGAGAGAAAAGAUCGAGUGUUGGAGAAAGCGACCGAUACGACGACCCACCUCCCAACAACCCAAACACCAUUCCGUCUUCUUUGUCUCCUCCCAAAUCCAGCACGACGGAUUCGCCUGCUCUCACCACAUACGACCAACUAUUAUUAUUAUGCGGAUAAAUAGUGUGAACACAGAUGAGGAGCAGAAAGCAGGGUGGCAACAUCAGCAGAAGAUAGGAUCAUCCCAAAGUCAAAAUCUUACUGUCGUUAUCACCCCAAGGAAAGGAAAGGGUUGUCCAUUCCUCGGCUUCUUUUGAAGUGGUCAUCACCUCACAGCCAUAAAUAAUAAGUGAAAUUGCAGCAGGAGAUCAACUCCGUGUGGGGAACGCGAGAUAAAACGAUGUAUCGCUUCCAAGGAACGAACAAUCGAUCUAAUGGGAUCUACUGUGAGCCGGAAGCUCACUUUUCACCCCCUCAUGGGAACAAGAAAAGUAGCAGCAAAAUGAGGCAUCAUCACCGAGUCAGAAGUAAUAACCGGUCUGCACAUUUGCCUCACAGAAAUGACUCCGACCCCGACUCUUCGUCUGACGUUUCGGACGGAACUUAUCAAGAGUCAUCGGAUGUUCAUGGACAUGGACACCCACACUCCGGGAUGACCAUGACCAAUCGAGAUCGACUGAACAUGGUGGCCCAAAAUGGAGGAGCGGACUCCCCACCCGAACCUGCCCCCAGUGACAUGCGGAUGAAUGGAGGGCUGAGGUCGCUCAAGCCGUAUGGCGGCGAACUCGACCCGGACUCUGAACUCUCGGGAUAUCACCACGUGCAAACCGGUGCUGGCCUAUAUCUUCCUCAAGAAUACUUGAUGUCCUCGCCAUAUCAGCCCAAGUCCCCCAUGCCGAUCGGAACCAGUCUCGCCACCGCCAAGAAACUCUUCCAAGGUGGCGGCGGUGGCGAUAACCUUCACAAUGAGACGGCCGACUCCAACAGCACCUUGUCCACCCUCCCAAGUCAAGCCAGGUUAAUCGGAGGGCUAGGAGGGCCACCAACGUCUAAUCCGGUGUUAACUGGGAUUCCUCAAGCACCUGUGAUUCUUCCCGUGUUCCCAACCUCUCAACCCCAUGGUGGACAAGCUAUCCUUGCAGGGAAUGGGACGACAACAAAUUCUCGGUCUCUUCAGCGAAAUCAAUACUCUCCGUCAAGAUUUACUAUUCAGAAAGACUGUCAUGUGUCAGAUCGUUGUUCCUGGAAAUGUAUUAGUAUCGCCCUAAUCAUACUCUGCGUUGCUUUAAUUUCCAUCCUGAUAUACACUGCAGCUAUCAUGGGGAAUUGCUCGAGGUAUUCGGGAUCCGGCUGCAUACUCGUUGAAGAUGCCAAAGUUUUGGCCAGAGGUGAAAAAAGUUACCCUGUGAUUGAUCUAACUUCUAUGUCACCCAAAAGUAGUGAAGAUAUGGCAUCUCCGACAACCGUACUACCACCAGAGUUGACAUCCCGCGACUUUGGAAGUCUGAAUGAUGGCUUAAGCCCCCUAGAACUGCUGUGGGGACAACCAUUAUUUCGCCGAGUGGAGCCUUAUUCGUUCUGGACGUUAGAAGUGAACAUGAGGGAUAGUGCUUAUGUCAAUCUCAACCUUAGUUUCUCCUGGGGCUCCAACUGGGCUCUUAUAUUUCGGAAAAAUGCCCUGCCGUCCAUAACGCAACACGAUUUGAUAAAAAUAGUUAAAAAUGGAAGGAUGGAACAUCGGAAUAAGAGACGCCACGUUCGCUGGGUCCUGCAAGAGCAGGACGGAGGAGAACUGAAGAACAAUUUUAACAAAAGUAGUCAAAGUACAAAUGAUACAGCAGCAACUUACCCCCACAAACUACAGUCACCUCCUCUUGUCAUCUGGCCAAAGGAACCUCAACAGCAAGGCGGCUCAACCAGAGGAAAACGAGAAGCUUACUCUGACCAAAGCAUUGUCGUGUUCUCGGAAUAUCUAGAAAGUGGAAAGUGGUUCCUCCGAAUAUUCAAUGAUGAUCAGAUUGACCGCCGGGUAGGAGUGAUGGCACAGGUCGACUCAUCCGUUGAAGUGAGAUGUCCACAACAGUGCAGUGGAAAUGGAAAUUGUGUACAUGGGAAAUGCCAUUGCAUCGAAGGUCACACUGGAACUGACUGCUCAAACAGCAUCUGUCCAGUGUUGUGCAGCAAUCAUGGGAGAUACAGUGGAGGGAUCUGCCACUGCGAAUUAGGCUGGAAGGGGUCUGAAUGUGAUGUGCCAGAGAACGAGUGUGAGAUUGGGAACUGUAAUGGAAAUGGGGUUUGCGUCGCUGGAAAGUGUGUAUGCUCGGACGGAUGGACUGGGCAGUUUUGUGAUUCACGUAACUGUGCAGACCCGACUUGUUCAACCCAUGGAAUUUGUAUCAAUGGAAGAUGUUCAUGCAAUGAAGGCUGGGUAGGAAUGUUUUGCAAUGUCCCGGAUAGUCUUCUGGCCAAAUGCAUACCUGACUGCUCUUCAAGAGGGGAUUUCGACGCUGCGAGUGGUAGGUGCAUCUGCCGAAAGCCAUUCGCCGGUCCAGCUUGCAUGGAAGUCUCAUGCGAAGAUUGCGGACGGAACGGUGUUUGCAAUGAGAGUGGCCAGUGUGAAUGCAAAGCUGGCUUUUCAGGAGACCAAUGCGACGUGCUGGCCUGUGACCUCAGAUGUCAGGAACAUGGACAAUGUAAAAAUGGGACGUGUAUCUGUGGCCUGGGAUGGAAUGGGAGGCACUGCACCUUACCCGGGUGUCCAAAUUCUUGCAGUCAUCAUGGUUCAUGCAUUAUGCAAGACAAUCGGUAUCUCUGCAAAUGCUCCAACUCCUGGGCUGGGGAGGACUGUUCCAUCCGCCUGGAAACCAAUUGCUCCGAUGAUAUAGAUAAUGAUGACGAUGGGAUGUCGGACUGUUCUGACAGUGAGUGUUGCGAUGACCAGAAAUGCAAAGACCACCUCAUGUGCAUGACGGCGAGUGAUCCGGUGGAGGUCCUGUUACGAAAACAGCCUCCCUCCGUCACCUCCUCCUUCUUCCAACGAGUAAAAUUUCUCAUUGAGGAAAACAGCGUUCAGAGCUACGCUAAUAAAGAUGAGUACUCGGAAAGCUUAUUUUGGAGCUCUUUCGAUCCGCGACGUGUGUCCGUCAUCCGUGGUCAAGUUCUUUCUCCCGACGGGUUGGGAAUCAUUGGGAUUCGUGUGAGCGUUUCAGACAAAAAGUCGCGCUUUGGCUUCACCCUGACGCGGAAAGGAGGAUGGUUCGACAUGCUUGUAAAUGGAGGUGGUUCAGUCACCCUGCAAUUUCAACGGAUUCCGUUCGAGGCUACGACAAGGACUGUUUUUGUGCCAUGGAACGAAAUCGUCGUCCUGGACCCAGCUGUUAUAAUGUCGGUGGGAGGAUCGCACAAACGGGUGUCAGCCGAGGAUGGGAAAGAGACCAAUCAAGAACCCUGCCUUCAACAUGAUAUUGACCUUCUUCGACCCGUGGUUAUGUCCUCUUGGUUGCCAGGCAUGAUUGGGGCUAAUCCCGAGCAGAGCGUUGUCUUUGGAGAAAGUCAGAUUUUACAACAGAGCAUCGUGAUCCCUGGAUCCGAGGUUCAUUUGGUUUAUCAAAGCAGUAUGUCUCCUGGCUACUUGGCCACUAUCAUGAUGCAACUUACUGGACCAACAAUACCGCCGGGUUUACUCUUGGUCCACUUGAAGAUAACCAUUGAAGGGGAACUCCAUUUCCAAACUUUUGAAGCGGAUCCGAAUAUAACUUACUCGUUCGGAUGGAAAAAGAGGAACGUGUACCAACAGAAAGUGUACGGACUUGCUGUGGCGAGAGUGGCAAUCGGCUAUCAAUACGCACAAUGCUCCAAAUCCGUGUGGACCGUGAGGACGGUGACUCUCAAAGGAUUCGAUGUGGACAUUGCGGACGUUGGAGCGUGGAAUUUGGAUAUUCAUCACCAUUAUAAUUUCCACGAGGGUAUUCUUCAGAAAGGAGAUGGAACUGAAGUGCACUUGAAGGAGAUGCCAAAAAUUGUGUCAACCAUCAUGGGUCACAAAGGUCAACAAAGAUCUCUGCUUUGUGAACCAUGUGAAAAUCUCCUGCUUUCACCCAUCGACUUGGCCACUGGUCCUGAUGGCAGUAUUUAUGUUGGGGACUUUAACCUCAUACGAAGAAUCACUCCGGAGAAUAAAGUUUACACAGUUCUACAACUGAGUGCCACGAAGGUAUCUCAUCAGUAUUUCAUGACAAUAUCGCCUGCGGAUGGGCACCUCUAUGUCUCUGACUCAGAGAAAUACCAGGUUUUGAAAGUAAAUUCCAUGGAGGAAAUUGAAGAUCCUCGAGUAAACUGGGUGGCUGUGGUGGGUGCAGGUCUCAAGUGUCUACCUGGUGACUCGGAAAAUUGCGGAGAUGGAUUCAAGGCAAAACUGGCAAAGUUAAUUCAUCCGAAAGGGAUAGCGAUCAGUACGGAUGGAUCCAUAUACAUUGCUGAUGGACCUAGCAUUCGAUUCGUGGACGUGCAUGGAGUGAUCCAUACUCUAGUCGGGAGCCACGGGCACAGGCUGAGUCGACCAAGUGUGGCAACCACGGAUUUUGAGUCUUGUCGUCUGCAACGUCAAGACGUGAAAAAAGUUCAGCUCCAGUGGCCCACUAAUUUGGCAUUAAAUCUCGUAGAAAAUAGACUGAUGUUCAUUGAUGAAGGAAUACUGUUCCAAAUCACAGACGAUAAUCAAGUUGAGCGAGCUUUGAGGUGCGAUGCCUCACAGAAAGUGACUCGACCACUCAUUGACUUGGCAUUCAGCCCAAAGGGUCAGCUUUAUUUCGUUUCCGAAGAUUCGAAUCUCUUUACUGUGAAACGUGAUGGAGAGCCAUUGCUGUUGAUAACAGACAAAGUCGCACCCUAUGGACCCAACUCCACCACCGCCUCUUUUCCUUCCUCGGCCUCAUCCUCUGCUGAUGAAAGACAACAGAAUAAUUUAAAUGCUGGAUUUGUGUCCUCACUCAGCAUUGGUGCGGAUGGGACGAUCUACGUUGCUGACCAAGUCAACUUGGAAAUUAAGCAAGUCUCGAGUUUUAUUCCACUCCCGAAUGCCAUUGGAGACUGGAUUGUUGUGUUCCCAGCAACGGGAGAGAUCUACUAUUUUAAUCGUUAUGGCCAGCACACUUUUACAAAGGAUAUUAAAUCAGGGAAAAUUCUCUACUCUUUCCUCUACACAAAGAAUACGAGUUACGGCAAACUUUCAAAAAUAACGGAUGCUGCUGAGAAUAAGAUCCUAUUCCUCCGAGACUAUUCAUCCGUGGUAUCGACGAUAGAAAAUACUCAGGGAAAGAAAUGCAAUCUCAAGAUUAAUCAUUUGGGACGCCUAGUUCACUUUCAAGAAAUGGAAAACUCUGAGAUUCGAUUAGAGUACUCUGACGAAGGCCUACUCACUGCAAAAACCACCACCACCGGAUUAAGCUCGCUUUAUGGCUACGACGGCUACGGUAGGAUUCGAACCCUAAUUAGCGAAACUGGCGUGAUUACCAACUUUGAGUACGAACUAGUCGGAGAGGGUAUACAAGUCCGAGUGUCUGACUCUGUCUCAAAACCCUCCGACUUCCUCAAGUACACCAUUUUACGCAACGACGAAACAUAUCAAGUGAUAAUCAGCAAAGUUAGCACUGGCGACGUGACGCUCAAGAAGAAAGUAAUUCAAACAGACAUUAAAAAUAUCAGCUUUUCAUUAAAAACCGAGGACGGAGCUGAGAUGUCCGGCUUGUCAUGGGGCAUUUACCCUCUGCUCAAGGAAGCCAACCCACCAAUGUUGCUGGAAGGAAAUCUAAUGCGAGGCCCGUCUCUCCAAUACAUUACAGACGGAGAAAGCAGUUGGGGCAAUAAAUUUGAAUGGAAAUUUGGGCUACUGGGAGAUGGAACAAGAUCAGCAGAAAGGAUUUUGGAUCGUCAGAUGUUUGUUAAUGAUAGCCGCAUUCUUUCAUUAGAGUUUGACCAGUCAUUGUCUCGUGAAGUUAUUUACAACCGGGAUCGGGAACCCGUAUUUUUUAUCCAGUACGACAAAACAGGACUUCCCCUAUACUUUGUCCCCUUUCCAAACAAUGACCUCCGAUCUUCAAUGAACAUCACUUACGAUCGAUUUAAUAGAAUCGAAAGCUGGAAGUGGGGUCAUGGACGUGGUGUUCAAGUAACUUACGGAAGAAAUGGAUUCGCUACAGAGAUGAAAAACUCGCAGGGCACACGCAUCCGAACUAUUGAAUACAACGAGUAUGGUCAACCCUCAAAAAUUUCCCUGCAAUCUGGACGAGCAUACGGGUUCAAGUACGACAUGUUUGGAGGACUCAAGAGUGUAGAAACUCCAAAGAACACGGUUCAUUUUUUCACACUGCAACAUUCCAUUGGUUUCACAAAGCUAGUCUACCAACCCCCAGGUUACGGGUCCAUCAAGAAUUCUUUUGUCAAAUACUUCAAUUCCUACGGACUUUUGGAAAGUGUUUGGCUUCCUUCUGAAAGUGGCCGGAUUUUGUACGAGUACGACUUUUUGAAACGGCCAACACAGAUGCUCUACAGUGAGGGCAAAGUCAGCAGAAAGUACAAGGCAAAAGGUGUGACCAUCACUGUGACUGAAAACAGAUUUGAAGCAACCUCUCACAUAUGGACCAACGGAAUCCACAAAAUAGUUCAGGACAAGAAGGAGUAUGGGUCAAAAUUGGGACUCUCUGCCUCAAAAAUGAUGUAUGAGUAUGACUCCAACUUUAGACCAAUUCUUAUAAAGGGAAGAAUCGGAGGAAAUCUACUGGCUGACUUUCCCUUGAGCUAUAACUUACGAACUGGGGCUAGAGAGCUUAUGGGCAACUUCCGCGUCUCGCAAUUGAGCAACAAUCAAACCACGACUUUCGAUGGAAUUGCUGUCUUUUCCAGGGUUGGAGAUGAGUACGGCCAACCUCUCCAGUACUCUUUGUCCAUCCAGGAUACGGAAGUGUUCCGAAUGGAGUAUGCCUAUUAUGAAACGACACAUAAAAUCCGCCAUCUUAAGAUGACCACCAAGAAUGCGGGUCUGCUGCCAAUGCGAAACUUUACGUAUGAUGGGGACGGCCAACUAAUUGGCGUAGAAUCUACCGAGCCUUGGAAGUUUGAAUACGAUGCCAAUGGGAACUUGCAAAGUUUAGCUUACCGAGGGAAUACCAUCUCGCUGAAGCAUAAUGAGCAAGAUCGGAUCGUUCGAUUUGGUGAGAAACAGUACAAAUACGACAUGGCUGGCAGAGUUUUGCAAAAUGCGAGAGAGGAGUUUUUCACCUACAACUCCCUUGGCCAUUUGAAACGAAUUUGGAAGAAUGGGCGGUUUGACGUGGAAUACUUCUACGAUCAUGAAAAUCGUCUCGUCGCUCGUAAAGACAACCACGGGAACACGACUCAAUUCCUGUACGGUGAUGUGACUUUCCCCAAACUGGUCACUCACAUUUAUAGUCCUCGAGAGAACAGGCUGGUUCAUUUGGUGUAUGAUGAAGUUCAGAGACUGAUUUACUUCCAAGUCAAUCGCAACCAAAAGUACUAUGUAUGCAGUGACCACUGCGGCACCCCUCUCCUUAUUUUUAAUCAAUAUGGCCAAACUGUGAGGGAACUAAGCAGAAGCCCCUAUGGACACAUUAUCUACGACUCGGACUCUUACUUUUAUCUUCCCAUCGACUUUUGUGGAGGAAUAUACGAUCAGGUGACUUCAUUAGUUCACACGAAGGAAGGCCGAGUCUACGACCCAUUGAUUGGACAGUUCUUGACUCCAGACUGGGAGAAAACGCUGGAGAAAGUCAAGACUCCAGAGAAAUUACAUCUUUACCGUAUGAGUGGAAAUGAUCCCAUCAAUCUCCACGAAUCUACCCCAGCUUUUGAUCAUCAUAGUUGGCUGCAGCAUUUGGGCUACAACUUGGAAUCAUUAGCUCCACAAAUGUUCAAGAAUCUUGGAGUGAUAAAUCAGAGGCGGGACUCUCCGGUGGUCGUCUCCGGACUGGAAAGCAGAGUGCUGGAGAAGACAUUCGACAUCCCACAUCUCGGAUAUCCCGGCAGUGUCGUUACAAAGUCUACACUAGUUCCCGAUCCUGCCGGUGUAAUAUCUCAAAUUGACCCUCCAUUGGGGAAAAGUAUGCUAUUAAGUAGAACAGCAGAUGGAAAAGCGAUGAUUUCUUGUCCAUUCUGCGCCUCCAAUAGAAUAUAUCGAGAUGUUUUCACACUCAUUUUGAAUGGGAGUGAAUUUCUCAAGUAUGUGUCUCACUCUCCGUCCCAAGACACUUUCCAUUUUGCCAAAAAGGAGCUCUGGAAAGCAUCAGAUGACUUGGCUGAGCUCAAAAGAAUCGGUGGCCAAGUUAAUGUAACUGUGCACGACCAGUCCACAGAAAGUCAAAUGAUUCAUGUAAAAAUUGCCAUGUCAGGAGCAGUUAUUUCAGUCAAAUACGGGUUAACUGGCCCCAGAGAAGAAAGUCGACUCAUUCAUCAUGCCAAAGGAGUUGCAGGGAGGAAAGCCUGGAUGAACGUGAAGGAACUCAUUGCUGCUGGAUUUCCCGUCCCCGAGUUUACCAUUGCAGAGAAGGAAGACAUCCUGACCAACGGACACCUCCCCACCCAUCAUCACGAGUUUGUCCAUGAUCCCGACGAAAUCCCCUUCUUCGCAGAUGACCCCCUCAACGUUCGCAUCAUCAAAAAGUCAAAGUCCCAGCGAAGUCGGAACAACAGCAGCACAAGUCGGUAGAAUAAUAAUCAUCUAUUAUUAUUGCUCCUACCCCCUUCUCAGUGUCUUCCGCUCCCUCCAUUAAGAAGAAAGAAACUCUGGCGAAAUCCAUACCACUAACUUUGAUCGUGUUGCUCCUGUGUCAAAAUCUAAUGUAGCGAUGUGAUCAAACUCACAGCCGGUUAUUGUACCUUAUUGCAUUAGGAUAACACAAAGAAAAUUAAUAAUUGUAUCGGUAGCAGGUCUCGCAAUUAGGUAACAAAAAUGUAACGCCAAACCGAUAUGUACAUAAUAUUAGUAAUACUUGUGAGGAAUCAUUAUUAUCAGCCUCUCAAACUAAAUGUUGUACUGCUGCUAACUAAUUAUAGCAAAGGAAUACUUUUCCGUUACCCAGAUAUGUAUAGUACAUAGUUAAUUGUUGUUGUUGUACAUUUAAUAAUACGCAGCUUUGAUUUUACAAACCUACUUCAAGGACCAAAUCAGAAAAGUUGUGAAUGUUUCACUAUAGUCAAAGUCAAUCUUAUAAUUUUAAAAUAAAUACGCAAGUUUAUUAUACUCUGAACAUUACAACGGACAAGUAAACAAAUAAGAACUUAAAAGUCAAAACCUAGUCGGCAUAUUUCCCAAAUUCAUGUAUGUAUCAUACAUGAAUGUAUCCCAAAGAUUUGCAAGUUGCGUCACUAUGAACGAUUCCUUGUAGUAAUUCCAAUCUCGAGUACAUAUUUCACUGCAACUCAGCAGCACAAUCUUUGUCAAGUCGAGUUUUCAUGUAUGAAGCGGGUUUUACCAUAAAAUUAGUUAAUUUGGUGUAUUUUUUCACUUGUCGCAUGAACAUGGCCAAACUAAUUAUGAUCAUAAAUGUGGAAUAUGUCACAGUGCGGUUCUAAAAUACAAUCAUGUAACGAGCAUAUAAUGAUGAUGUUAUAUAUUAUUAUAUUGUACGUUUUAAUUGUAUUUAUGUAGCAUAGUAAAUAGUUACAUACACUACAUAACCAUUUGUAAAUGUUAGACAUACAUAAUACCAACGGUUAUUUAUGAUAGCCUAUUGUUGCUGUUGUAACCCUUAUAAAUGUUUAAUUUUGUGAAAAUGUAUUGUCUCCACAUUACAAGAAACGUUGCCAUAUACAUAAAAAAUACAUAUUAUGCUAGUGGUAAUAUUGAAAAAAUCCUCUUUAUUAGAAUCAAUUAGUACUCUUUAAAUGUCGUUUCUUAUUGUUGAACGCCCAUUAUUCAAUACUUGCUGAUGUACUUUUAUACUGUAAAUUGUUGCAGAUGUAAACUAGAUAAAUGUUGAUACGGUAUUGCAAUCAGAUUGUAUUGUUGUUGUGGAAUGAAUUGACAUUGCAAAUUAAGAUAACAGAUAGAACUACUACUCUUUUUAUUCGGUGAUAAUAACCACGAUGGUAUUUAUGAAGCUUAAUGAUAUUGGACUCGCUGAGAUUAAAUUGAUGCGUAGGAUACGUAUUUAAAAGAGUCUGUUCUGUGAAGAGUGAAGAAACCUUUCUAUCUGUCUGAGAAAUGUCAACUUUCUAGCCAAAUUAAUAAAAUAUUAGUUAGGAUACAAAAUUAGAAAUACAUAAAUAGAUACACUAAUUGCUUUGGUUUGGUAAUUUGAGAACCUACUGUACAUAAGUUAACAAGUAAAAAUUACGAAACUUAAGCGCGCAUAACUGUUAAGUUAUUAUAUUUAAUAGCCGGAUUUAUAAAAGUGCUGUUGUGAAUCUUAAUUUGUAUUAUCCGUGGGAAAUUGUGCGUGUGUAAAUCUUUCCGUAAUUUUUGAUGAACUAUAUAUGUAAAUGUCAAUUUGAAUGAAAACUUGCCCAUCAUAAGUGCUGAAUCGUUAUCAAGAUACAUAAAACUAUUAUUCUAACUCUAACUGUUUAUGCCUAUAUGUGAAAAAGAAGAUGAAUGAAUGGACAUUUUGUAUUUUCAAACUGAAUAGCAGAUAUGAUGAUGACGCGUGUUUAAUGUUACACAACAAACAGUUAUUCUGAAUGCAAAUCUAAAUAUAUGUAAAAGUCAUUAGCACACACACACAUAUAUAUACAAUAACUCUUUACUUGUUUUAUAUAAAAACUGGUCUAUGCUAUUUAAUUACCAAUGUAUUUAAGUGGUUGAUAACGUUGAUGAUGGGCAAGCGCCACACAAAACAAAGAUUUUCGACUUGGAAGAAAGAAAGAAAAGAUAUGACAAUUGCCUUUGUUUAGUGAAUAAUUGUCCAGAAUGAAGGAAUUGUUUCAUCAUUAUCAUGAGUUUUUUGUUCAUGCUAGUUAGAUUGAAAUGUACUACUACUGCCGUAUUAACGAGAAAUAUAUGGUAUCUAUUAAAAAUUUA